AUGUCGACGGCUGACUUUUGGAUUGGACGCCUGGCUGGAGAGAACGAGUUUGACCUAGGUCUAUUUCACCCAGCCCAGAAUUUCCUCUCUCGGAAUCCGCAGACUGGUGUUCACGACGACGGGACGGCCGAUGCCUUGUUUGGUCCAUUGCCCGGCCUACUAGAAGAAGACAAACCUUACUCACUACUAUUCUCGCACCAACUAGAGAAACCAGAGGCCAGUCUGUUUUCAUCCGACGCCAACUGCUUAUACCCCGCUGCCGGACUAAAUCCGGUAUCCCCUACGUCUGCUCCUUCGACCGACAUUGUCAACCAGACGACGCCUCCCAGCCUGUUUGGGGAAGAAGACGAUGCGUCAGCCGAAGCAGAGAAGCCGGGUUCCAAGCGAAAACGGGACGCCAAAACCGCAACAAAAUCAGGUAAACCGAAGGCGAGCUCGGAAAAGCCGCCCGAGGCUGUACCAAAGAGGAGGAGGCAACCAAAACGCGGAGCAAGCAAGAAAACCACCAACAGCGCGGCACAGGCGCGCGAGGCAAACAAGCCCAAGUACCGCCGCCAAAGAUCCCUGGAAAAGAACCGCGUAGCGGCGUCAAAGUGUCGAAAACGCAAGAAGCAGUGGACCGAGACCCUGGAGCAGAAGAAAUCCGGGCUGGAAUCCGUGCACCGAGAGCUGCAGUCGGAAUACACGGAACUUCUACAAGAGUCUUCCAAGCUGAAGAACUUCCUGAUAACCCAUGCGAGCUGCCAGGAUCCCAAUAUCGAUACCUGGAUCAAGAACGAGGCUUCGAAAUACGUUCGCAACCUUCACAAUUCCGCCGGCCCGAGAUCCAUGUACUCUGUAUCCAGCGUAGAGGCCGUGGGCUCUGCUGAUGAUUCUCAAGACGAUGCCGUCAUUUCACCUCAAUCGCCGGUUCCUAGCUAG